AUGAACAAUCAAACCGAAACAAGUCUUCACGAAGCAGUCACUCGCGGUAAUGUUGAACAAGUUCGAGAAAUCCUACGAAGAGACCCAUCGGGUAUAAAUGUUUUUAAUCUCGACUGUUACACACCUAUACAUUUGGUUUACAACAGUGCAGAUCAAAGUGAAGCCAGACUAAAAAUAAUGAAACUGCUAAUAGAUUACGGUGCAAAUUUGAAUUCUCCAGAAGUGUACAACUUUAAUUCAACACUACAUCUGGCAGUCGAAGAUCAACAGAUUUCCUGGGUGAGGUUUCUAUUGGAGCAUGAAGCAGAUCCAAACGUAUUGAACAAUGAUUAUGAAACAGCAUUGCAUUGCGCAAUGCUUAACAACAGUGAGACUAUUACGAAAUUGUUAUUGUUAUACAAAGCAGAUCCCAACGUUACUGACUUAUUUAAUUCAACUCCGCUAGACAUGGUUAUUGUGCAUUGUAAACUCAACUUCGUAAAAAUACUUAUAGAUUACGGAGCUAAGAGCAAAAAUAUUUACAAUAGUUUGUUGCUGGCGUGUUGUGAUUUUGGCUGUUUGGACCAACGACAGUUCUUUAUAUACAUUCUGAGAUGCGCAGUUGAAUUGGACAAUUAUAGUAAUUUUUCAUGCGAGUCUCUGUUGUAUUAUAUGGAAUUUGUGAAACACAGGGAAAAUCAUGAUCAACCCAACAAAUGCUUACUCUUCAAAAUACUGACCGAGCAAGGCAUUAAUAUCAAUAAUGGCAUGAGUAACACAGAAUUGCAUCAAGCUGUAUGUGACAGAAACUCCAUAAGGGUCAGAUAUCUUCUUGACGCAGGAGCAGAUGUAAACGUCAAAAAUCAAUUUAGCGAGACACCUUUGCAUUGGUUGUUAAAAAAGGUAGAAGACCGUGUUGAGGUAGAGUACGAGAUGACGGCUAGAAUUCUGAUUAAUAGCGGUGCGGAUUUGCGAGCACGGAAUAAUAUUGGUGAAACUCCCUUCUAUCUCGCGGCAUUAAACAAUUAUGGAUACUUGGUACAUUUGAUGCUUACCAAAAUCACAGGAGUCGUUUGGAGUACAUUGGCAAAUGAAAAUCUACAUGACAUCAACGAUUUUUGUGCUGAUGUAUACAACCGUGAAUCCAAUUUCUAUGAACUCAUCGUUGCUACCUUUUUGGGUUACGAAGAAAUUGUCGGUAGUUGGCUCGACAUGAACAACAUCGACGGGGCAGGCAAUAAUCAUAGAGACAUAAACGCAGUACUAACCCACGCUACUCUUACUCGUUGGAAUGGAUACAAUAUCGUUAAAAUGCUAUUGGAGGUUGGUUAUCGAGCUGACAGGCGUUUUCCUCCAAUUAUGCGUUACUUUGGUAAGAACAUAUUUGACGUAAAUCAUGUGAAGAUAUCCUGUUUGUUUUGGGAAUUCAUGGACACCGUUUCCGUUAACCGAUUGAUGAUUCAAAGUUUCUUGAAAGUCAUUCAAACCUCCACCGUGGAUGAAUUGGCGCGUCUUUUGGUCUUUUACUAUGUCAUUGACUUGAGGUUAAAUAAAUUAAAUGCGGACUCAAUUUCAAUGAAAGGACUAAUCAAUGGACACAAGGAUUUAUUGGAAACUCUGUUGGAUUGCCAAAAAAAGUUGGAUGAUUGGAGAAUAGUCGAACCAAAUAAGAUGAUAUCUAAUUUUGAUAUCGUCACAAUACGAAUGGAUUCGCUCGUAAAGCUGCUGAAAAAUAAUCUUAGAGUGAACCAGAAGAAAGAGGAUCAAAGCCAGGCUGUGGAUAGACUGGAUACCGGGAUGGGCAAGUCCCCACAGUUACUUAUUAUAAAGAAUGUAACGAAAACUGGUGGUUCAAAAAUGCAAGGAAUGUCCAAGACGAUCCAGACAAUAGGAUACCAACUGGAAUAG